UUCUUUUCUCAGUUAUUUUUCUCAGAAAAUGUACUGUGUUGUUUUGGUUGGUCUUCAUGAAUCCCCUUUUGAGACGUAUCCAAAUAGUUUACCCAAUAUUUACCAAUAAAAUAUACAAGCAAUGGUACAAUUCACAAACUAAACAAAGAUAUUUUUCCCAAUUCAUUAAUGAAAGACCAAUUCCAUUUAAAAAAAUGUUUGAGCAACCUCGAUCCAGUCAAACAGAUUAUUCGACAGAUGUUAACUCCAAGUAUCGAUAUUGGAAAAAGCUCUCGGCCAAACCAAACCCUCAAACAUCCGGGCUGCCGUUUACUCUUGUCUCGUACAACAUUCUUGCACAGGAUCUUCUUCUCCAGCAUAUAUAUCUUUACAGGCAAUCCAAUCAAUUAUAUCUGAGAUGGAGUUACCGUUCGGCAAGAAUAACCGAAAAGAUAAUCCAACAAAAACCAGAUAUAAUCUGCCUACAGGAAGUUCAGGAAAAUCAUUUGGAUGACAUCAUGACAAGUAUCAGAUCUCAAAUGCCUUCCAUGUCCUGCUUAUUUAAAAAGAAAACUGGACCAAAAUCUGAUGGCUGUGCUAUAAUAUACAACAACAAAUUGUUCGAACUUAUUUUGCAAGAUGUUGUUGAAUUCUUUCGACCAGAUAUUCAACUUUUAGAUAGACAUAAUAUUGCACUAAUUGCAAAAUUUCGUUGUAAAGCAAGAAAAGAGGCUAAUUUUGUAGUAAGUACAACACAUCUUCUGUUCAAUCCAAGAAGACAAGACGUUCGACUUGCACAGAUAAUGGUUUUGUUAGCAGAACUUGAUCGACAUUCGAUCGUUAAACCUGGCAAAUUGGACAGAAUGCCAUGCAUUGUGACGGGUGAUUUCAAUUUGCAAGCAAAUUCCGCUCCUUUUCAAUUAAUUACAACCGGAAAACUUUGCUAUGAAAACCUAGCGAAAACAUCUCUCAGCGAAUCGGGAGCUUACGGAUUACCGUUGACUGGAAAAAAUUUUAUAUCCCACCAAUUACGGAUCACUGACAACUGUCAACAUAUUGACUGCGUUGAAAGCGACUACAAAAAUUGCCCACAACAGAUUCCAAUCAAGGACAAACAUCCAAACCAUUCUACGCUAUUUGCUACUGGAACUCUAUCUCACGAAUUAAAUUUAAGAUCAGCAUAUGAUCAUUUUGAUGGAAUGUCAUAUGGCUCGAUAUUUCAAAACGGGUGGGUCACUGUCGAUCAUAUAUUUUAUAGUAAAGCGAAGAAAAAACAAAGAUCUCCUAAAAAUGGGACAUUGCAAUUGCUUUCUGUCUAUCAAUUGCCAACUAUGAAGCAAUGUAGGGCAAUUGGAAUUUUACCGAAUGAGGAACACGGUUCGGAUCAUUUGAUACUGGCAGCGCGCUUUUAUUUAAAAUUUCCUAUAAUUGAGUAAUGGAUGUUGGUUAUAUUCCAAAGACGGCAGAGUUUUAUUGAUUGUUCUUUUACAGAUGAAAUAUAUUUUUGUUAAUAAAAGUUUUGUGAUUCAAAAACGA